AUGGCACAAAGAACCUCGCCUCCCAGAGAGCUUGAUCUCAUCAGCAAAGUCGCAGUAAUAAGUGGUGCAUCGCGAGGAUGCUCUAUCCUGGGUACCUGCGUCAGUGACAAGGGAGUCGAAGCCUUAUCAACAAGCUUGAACGAUGAAAUCACCGAGCGCGUCUACAAAGCUACAUCUAGGGAGCGUCCAGCAGGCCAACAGAUCAAAGGAAUCAUAGCUGAUGUCUUCUCCCCCGACUGUCCCAAAACAAUUGCCGAUGCCCUUGAAAAGUCCUUUGCUAGUCGCGUUGAUAUCCUCGUCAACUCAGCUGGUGACCCGAUGCCUGGAGUUAUCGGCCAGAUGACUACAGAAGAGAUCCAAAGAAGCCUUCUAGGCAACAUCCAAGCCCCAGUUCAAAUCGUCGAAGAGCUCGUCCGCCGAAAGCUCUUCCAGCCCAACAGCCGUAUCAUCUACAUAUCCUCAGUCCGCUCACGCCUCCCAUGGGCCGACCAACUCAUGUACGCCGCUGGAAAAUCGGCUGGCGAGUCAUUGUAUCGAACAUGGUCACAGGCUUUUGGUGGAAAGGAUGAGCGAUACGCAUUCAUGGCGGGGACUACUGCAAAUGCUGUCACCGCAGGUUUGACGGAAACUGACGCUGUUAUGGAUUGUGGACCGGAGGUGGUCAAGACCUUUCAGGAUGAAUUCUUUCCCUUGCAGAGUAUACCCAAGUUUGGACAGCCCGAGGACGUGGCUGAUGUUGUAGGAAUGCUUUGCGGGAAUGAUGGAAGAUGGAUUACUGGAUCUGUUGUUAGUGCAAGUGGUGGGUGUAUCAAGAUGCAAUAA